CUGAUGAAUUGAAACCUGUAUGUGUGGGUUGUAACAGGAAGCAGAGGGAGUUCUGGUGGGCUCAGCCUUAUCAGCCACAUGCCUGCGUUCAGACCUUGAGCACUGUAGACGAAGAGGAAGACAUGAUGGCCAUUGAUGAGAAAUGUGUUGAAGCAGAUGAGGAGGCAUUUGAAUGUGAGGAGCUCAGAGAAGAGGAGGAUGACUUCAGCAACAUUGAGGGGAUUUACUUAACGGGCUUCAGACGCAGCAUGCGUCUGUGCAGGCGGCACUUUCACAGCACCAUCCCGCCAUCCUGCCACACUCGCUGUCCCAGCAGCUGCAACAGCGCCCUCAACAGCCCCUAUGAGGAGGUGGUACGCUACCAGCGUCAACCACAGGACCCACACCGCCUUAUCGCCCUCUUAGGUCCGUCUAGUGUGGGUGUGAAUGAACUUCGGAGGCGCUUGAUUGAAAUGAACCCCAACGUCUUCCAGGGAGCUUUAGCUUAUACCACAAGAGCACCCAAAGGAUACGAGGAGUCAGGAAGAGAAUAUUUCUUCACGAGCAGAGAAGUCUUCGACAACAUGGUUUAUAACAACAGGUUUCUGGAGUACGGCGAGUACAAAGGGAAUCUGUACGGCACCAGCAUCGAGUCUGUGAAGGAGGUUUUAAACAGCGGAAAGAUCUGCAUCAUCGACAUCGAGCCGAACGCCAUUCAGGCAGUGAGGACCCACGAGCUGAAGGCCUACAUCGUCUAUGUGAAGCCUCCACCUCUGGAGCGCAUCAGGGAGACCAGACAGGAUUCGUACAUCACCACCAACUACUAUGUCAACAGACCGUUCAAAAGCGAAGAUUUCCAGGAGAUGGAAGAAGCAGCGCGCAAGAUAGAAUCGCACUUCUGUCAGUUUUUCGACCACGUGAUCGUCAACGAUGAGCUGCAGGACUCCUGCGUCCAGCUGCUGACCGCGGUGCGGAAGGCUCAGGACGAGCCGCAGUGGGUCCCUGCCAGCUGGAUACGACCCACCACAGAGUCGUGAGGGAGGACGGAGGAGAAGACGAGGGGCAAGAGGGGGAAUGUGGCCCCCUCGCAUUUAUUAGGGCAGCACAUUUUGGAUACUGAAAGUCUGGAAUAUUGUCCCAAAAAGCUUAACAUUCAAAUCAAAUGUUUUAUGUCUAACACUGCAUUUUCAAGGGGAGUGGGGCAUGGAAAAGAAAUCUGAAUAUUUUGAUCUGGGUGUUUCUGACAUGCUUAACUGGCUCUUGAGUCGUUUCAAAUCCCCAAAGACAAGAUGAAGCUGGACUCAUGCUCAAAGAAAUCCCUGAAGCUCACGUUUGUCAGAAUUUGGUUUGUAUUUUCAAAGUAGGAAGACAGCUGUUAGUACAAUGACAACACAACCAGGGGCACCUUCUUCUGUGUGUCUACAGGAUGUUGGAAUUAUUAUAGUGAGAGAGUGAUGAUAAAACUGUUGAUUUGUACUUUGCUGGUAGCUUUUGAAUUUCCUGCCCUGCUCCCCACUGUUAUAACACAAAUCUACAUAAAGACUUGAUGUUUGUCCAAUUGAUGUUUACACAGUUGAAAUCAAGAAUUUGUUUUUUUUUAGAUCUUUUUUUUAUUUUGUCUGUAAAUUUUAAGAUGAAUACAAUAAUCUGAAAUGAUCUAAGUGAGCUGACGUCCGGUAUAUACUCUGUGUGUGUAGCCACAGCACAGGAUGGAGUUCUCCACAUGUCUGUCAUCUCUUUGUGUGUUUCUAUAGCUUACCGUGUCAUUGCAUGCCAAAGAGUUAUCCAAGGUUUACAAAGAAAAAAAUACAGAAUGCUCUGU